AUGUCUUUGGUUGAUGAACCGGAAGAAGAUAAUCCAGUGGUUACUGAAGAGAAAGAACAAGUGGCAGCUACAGCAGAUGAUCCAUUCAAUGUUGAUGUGUUAUUUGAUUCAGAUGUCUUGGAAACAGGGCCAGAAGUUGUUGCUAAUGUUGAACAAGUUUACAACAAGUUCAUCAAGUUCAAGGAGAAGCUGUUACGAAAGAGAAAGAGACAGGAAAAGGACGACGAUGAUGUUUAUGUGCCUUCUCCAGAGCAUGUCUCAGGAUCGCAAUCUUCUCCAAGAGUUAGAAAGAAAGUUGGAGUUCGAAAGAAAGUAGUUUCUCCAAAGAUUGUCAAAGCUACUCCAAAGAUCAAAGUACCAAAGAUUGUGCUCAAAAAGAAGAAACAAACCAAGAAACCACCUACACCACCACAUGAACCAACACCACCACUGUCACCUAUCCAAUCACCACCACGACAACCUACUCCACCACCAAAAUCCUCACCACCUAAACAACCAACACCUCCAAGACAACCAUCACCUAUUCAUCAAACACCACCACAACAACCUCUUGCUACCUCACAAGAUAUAUUUCAAACACCUCCACUCACCCAAGUGCAAGCUGGUUUGUCGAGCAGAGGUCUUUAUACUCCACAGGAUAAUCUUUUAGAUGUUGGAGACUUUGAUUUUGCUAUCACUUCACAAGUCAGAAAUGUUGAAAAGAGAGUUGAAGAAGUUGUUGCUGAAAACAAAAGGCUGGCAGCUGAAAAUAAGAAAGUUUCUGAUAGAGAAAGACUUCUUGAGAUGCGUGUGAAGAUUUUAGAAAAUGAAAAUCAAGAGUUGGUGAAAAAGAUUGAUGCUGUUCAAUCUGAGAUUGAUAUCUUGAAAGUUAAAGUUGCUGAACUUGAGGAAGAGAAAGCUAGACGUGAUGAACAGAAUGAAUACUUUAAGUUGAAGAACAAAGAAUUUGAAGCACCCAAAGCAUUAAGAGAUCACGAGUUCUAUAUGCUAAACAAAGUUGUCGAAAGCAUGCUCGGAACAUCGGUAGAUCAAAAGUUGAAAGAGCUGCAAGUCGAAGAGCUUAGAGCUGAACGUCAAGCAGAGAUUGAAAGACAAAUGAAAGAUAAAGGUAAGGGAGUUGAAGGAAGCUCAGUUGUUACUGAAAGAUCAAUAGUACCUUCUAUGGUGGUUGAUAAUCCCGAGCCUAUCACUGCAAUAUCUGGUAUGUUUGAGGAGGAAACACAUCUAGAAGAGUUGAUGGAUGAUGAUGACGACGCUGCAGGUGGUACAGGUUUAAAAGUUACAGAAGCUUCCACUGAGAAAAAGGUUGAUGAUCUGAUGAAUGAUUCAGUAAAUGAAGAAUCAGGGGAAGCAAGUGGAAAGGGGGAGUCUAGUAAGUCUCAGAUCGUUGAGCAUUCUGAAAAGUUAUUCUUGAGUUUAAAUGUUUAUAGAGAAAUGUUGCAAGAUGUGAAUCCGGAGUUCAAGUUUGAUUUUGAAGAAGAUUUGGAGUCUUUUGAUAUCAAUCAUCAGCCUGAAUACACGUAUAAGUAUGUUGAAGAGGCUGAUAAGUAUGAUCGAGUUGAGAUUGAAGAUUGGAUGGAUGAUGAAGAUGUAGUUGAAGAUACUUCUAAGUUUCCUACACUUAUGGAGUUCUUUGCAGAGGAAAAUAGAGAAGAAUUAAGACAAAAGGUGACUGAGGCAGUAAAAGAAAAGAACUUCGAGAGAACUUAA